CCCUAACUCCCGCACCGGCUCUUCAGCAUCAUACGUAAAAUAAAUAAAUAAAAUGCAAAUCAUUUCUUUAAAAAAAAAAAAAAAAAAAACACCAGAGAAGACCGGACAAGCAGCACAAUAAAACAGACUCGGGUGUGAAGGAUGUAAAGCCAAAGGGGGUGGAGUGAAGAACAGGAUGGAGUGCUCCUGGAAGACUGUGUUGCUGCUGGUGUGUGCUUCACUGGGGGUCCAGUACACGGCCAUUCGCACCCUGAGGGACUCGCUGUCUGGACCCUGUCAGAGUGUCCACCGGUGUCAGAACAGACGUCACAGAGAAUCCAAUUGGAGAACCUUGUGUGAUGAGAGUUGGAUGUCCAUGGAAUCCCCUCGGAAGCAUAUCCUGCUCUUUGCCACAACACGCAGUGGUUCGUCUUUCACCGGUCAGCUGCUCAACCAGCACCCUGAGAUCUUUUACAUGUUUGAACCUCUCUACCACAUCCAGCAGGCCUUCACAAACUCCAGCGGCAGGAUGCGUCGUUCUUUGGACCGCCGGGCCCUCCUGGGAGCAUACAGAGACCUCCUGCUCAACUUGUACAACUGCGACCUUCACUUUAUGGAGAGUUACAUUCGCCCUGAGCCCCAGGACCAUGUCACUAAUUCCUUCUUUCGUAGAAGCUCUAGUCAUGCCCUUUGUUCUCCUCCAGUGUGUCUGGAAGGAGGGGAAGGAGCGACACCUGAUUCACCUGAAGACAGUUGGUGUUCCAAGAAGUGCGGUGCGUUGAACCUCACCUUAGCGUCAAAGUCAUGUCUGUCCAGAGGCCAGGUAGCCAUAAAGACUGUUCGGAUCCCCGAGGUGGGGGACCUGAGAACUUUGGCCGAAGAUCCACGUCUGGACCUGAAGAUCAUCCACCUGGUGAGGGACCCUAGAGCCAUUCUCGCCUCACGCAUGACAGCGUUUUCAGAUCAAUUCCGUGCUUGGAAAAUAUGGAACGCGACAGGGCGGCAACCGCGAUACGUGGACCUAUCCCAGAUAACCAGCACCUGCCAGGACAUGGUGGCAUCUGCAGAAGCAGGCUUGCGGAGACCGACUUGGCUGCAGGGCCGCUACCGCUUAGUAAGAUAUGAAGACCUAGCAUUUAACCCGAAGCACAGGGCCAACGAGCUCUACCAGUUUAUUGGCCUAGAGAUGGAGGACAGGGUGCAAACAUGGAUCGAGAGGAACACCAACAGCAAUCUGUCCGCUCCAUUCGAAUGGAAUUACAAGUACUCCACCACCAGAGACUCCAGAAUGACGGCUGAGAGUUGGAGGCUUCGUCUGGGCUAUGAUAUUGUCAGGACCGUGCAGAAUCUGUGUAACGACACUUUGGCCCUGCUGGGAUACAAACGCGUUCGUUCUGCAGCCCAAUUAAGAAACUUGUCCUAUAGUCUAGUGGCGCCCGUCACUUUUCAACCCGACCUUUCCCAAACUUGGGUCACAACCAAAAACGGCCAGGCAAGCACAUAAUUGAUCUUUGUUUUUUUUAAAUCAUUGAUUCACGUGCGGCACGGUGGACGACCGGUGAGAACAUUUGCCUCACAGUUCUGAGGGCCCGGCUUCAAAUCCGGCCCCGCCUGUGUGGAGUUUCUCCGGGCUCUCCGGUUUCCUCCCACAUCCCAAAAACAUGCGAGGUAGGUUCAUUGAAAACUCUCAAUUGCCCGUAGGCGUGAAUGUGAGUGCGAAUGGUUGUUUGUUUAAAUGUGCCCUGCGAUUAGCUGGCAACCGGUUCAGGGUGUAACCCGGCUUCUGCCUGCAGUUAGCUGGGAUAGGCUCCAGCACGACCGCAACCCUAGUGAGGAGAAGCGGUACAGAAAAUGCAUGGAUGGCUGGAUGGAUGAUGUACGUAUGUGCAGAUGUCAACAUUACUAAGAUUGGGUUCUCAUUUGGAUCUUGGACUGAAAGGGUUUGGGAAACCCUCAAAUCAGUCGUCAGAUCGAAAAAAAAAUCAAUACAAAGUGGUACAAUGUACCUCUGUUACGCAUUUAUAUAUUUAUGCAGGUGAUUCGGUGCUCCGUCAUGAAAAAAAUAAUGAAACGAAAUACAUGAUUUAUGUAAAUAUCGUAUUUGCUAUUUGAGUACUGAUGUGCCGGGUAUCAAAAUGUGCGACAUUUGCACAGAGCUAAACUAAAUUGCACAGUAUAUGGCUGUGUGUUGUAUAUAUGAGUGCAUAGGUUUUUUCCAUUUAUUAUUCUGUUAUUGUAAAAAAAAAAUAUAUAUAU